UGCCCCAUCGUUGGUGUCAGUGGGGGAGGAAUAGUGCCCCAUUGUUGGUGUCAGUGGGGGAGGAAUAGUGCCCCAUCAUUGGUGUCAGUGGGGAGAAUAGUGUCCCCAUCAUUGGUGUCAGUGGGGAGAAUAGUGCCCCAUCAUUGGUGUCAGUGUGGAGGAGGAAUAGUGCCCCAUCAUUGGUGUCAGUGUGGAGGAGGAAUA